UUAGACCCCCCCUCCAAACGCAAAUCAUUUCUUCUUAUGACAGCAGCCCUCAUUUCCUCUCUCUCUCAUCCUCUCCAACUUCUGCCAUCUCUGAACCUUACACAAAUGUGUGCAAGAACAAUGAAAGACAGCUGUGAGACCACCACCCUCCUAUGAAGCCGUGAAUCCAGCUGAAAAUUCCUAUUCUCAUCAUCUCCUGUCAAACCCCCAAACCCCGAACCCUUAGCUUCAAACAUGAAUACCACAGAACUCAUCAUUGCAUCCUCCUCCAUUCAAAAUCGCCAUUAAGGCGUUGCAUGCAACCACAUAUUCAAAAGAAUCUUGGCCUCAGCAUGACAGUUGAUGGCCUAGAGGUCAAACGCAAGAACCUCUGGAAAAAAGCUAUGCCCGGAGGUCCAGAGGUCUCAAACAACUAUUUUCUCCACCACUUAGAGGGCCUAUAGAGUUCAUGGUGAACUCUGGCCUAAGACCAUAGAGCUAAGGUGCCUACUCUUCCUAUUGCGUCUUGUGCUAAAGCCCGAUGCUGCUCAAAAUCUAAAUUUGGCCUGAACUAUUGUUAGCCCAACACAAAGUCCACUCCUAUCCCUUACUUUAUAUUGCUGCCGAUAUUAGCCUAUUUUAUCUUUAUAUGUUGUGUUUGUGGAAUUAAAAUUGAUAUUUUGUGAUUUAUAGUUGCUGUGGUUGUUUAGAAAAUAUCCUAGGGUAAUAAAAUCUCAUAGGAUAAAAGGUACCAUGGCUUAGAUAACUCAUUACUUCAUAAGGCUAGUGACUUUCAAAAUUUGAAUGUACCCCAACUAUUUUGGUUCACCAGUUAGACUCUUUUCGUUUAGUUAAUUUUUCUAACAAGUUUCAUCUAUUUUUAAGGCGUUUGCAGAGUCCAAUCGGUUUAAGCGAAAAAGCAUUUUUGGAAAAGUCUCCAAAUGAGUCACUUAGACAAAAUUCGAUGGCUAAAUUAUUUUGGAAAGAGUAGCAAUUUUACAAUGCAAGCCAAACCCGAAAUUCACAAAGAUGAGUAAUUGUUUUGGAAAACCAAAAUGAUUUAUAUCAAAUGAGUCUUCAAAGAUGGUCAAGGUACAAAUCAAUUUAACAUCUCUUUGGAUAUAGAAAAGGAUUGAAUAUUAACACAUACUUGCAUUUUUGUAACAAAUCCUCGUUUUUCAAAUGAGUCACAACAUUGUUUAGAAACCAAACAUUUUCUUUUCUUAAUACGUGGACCCAUUUUUGAGCAAAUACUUUAUCACUUUAGGUAAUUUUUCACAUAGACCCACUUAGUAACUUUUAAAUAAACUAGGAUAUAAAUAAUUCUUGUCCCCACAUCUAACCCAAGUUUAAGGAACUCUACGGGAUGCCUAACACCUUCCCCUUAGAAUAAUUAGAAAUCUUACCCGGAUUCUCAUUGGUUUAGUGGACCAUUAAGAUAAUGAUCUUUAUAGAAUUAUAGGUAUCCUAGUAUAACUUUAAAUAUCAGGUGGCGACUCUUCAUUACUAGAAAACGAAUUUAUUGGAACGGUUUUUGGGCAGCGGUUUUGUAACUGUUACAGUAGAUCAUAUUUUGGAAUGGUUUUAACCGUCCCAAUAGAGUCAAAAGGCUUCUGGCACACUUCUGAACAAUAACCGUUCCAAUAGUUUAGUAAUCGUCACCAUAAGUAAAGAUAUGGAGAUGGUUUUGAUAUGCGAUACAAUAGGGUUGUUUGUGGGAACGAUUUUGUGAAAAAAAGAAGCUAUAGGAACGGUUUCAUUUCCCUCCUUACUUUCCCUCCUAGGUAUUUAUUAAAAAACAAAAAUAGUGGACCCCACUAAUAUUUUAAUAACUCUAAAAUGUAAAACUAACCUAGAACACAUCGAUUUCAAUCGGACUCCCCCAAAAUCUCAAACACCCCUUAGCUUUCUCUGUUCUUCAACCUAGAACACACCGACGAACUCUGUCGACCAGCUCCGGUGAAGGACGAUAAUUUCCGGUGAAGGACGACCAUUAUCGCUAACAUACCACAAUCUCCGAGUGUUAUUAAAAGCGAGCGCUUCUCGCUUAAAGCGCAAAAUCAAGGCGAGGUGAGGGGUCUACGCUUUUCUGCCCUGAAGCAGGAUAAAACCAAUUUAAUGGAUAAUAGAGAUAAAAGGUGGAUGGGCCUUCGUAGGUCAACUGACGAGUACAUACAAGGAGUGAAUGAAUUUCUAGAUAAGGCAUUUGAACGAGCUUCCCAAGGAAAUGAAAUAUUAUGUCCUUGCAAAGAGUGCGCUAAUUGUUUUUGGCAUUAUAGAAAUGUGGUGGAGGAUCACUUGAUCAUUAAUGGGUUUGUUCAUGGAUACACCAAAUGGGUUUUCCACGGGGAAGGGUUUUCCUCGAGAAAAACUCGAUGCCCAAGCAAUAAUGAUGAAGGUUCCGACAUACAUGAUAAUAUUGAUGUACUACUUCAUGAUACAUUUCGAAACGUCGAUGAUAAUUUGUUACAUGGAGUGAGUGAGGGACCAUCUGAAGAUGCAAAAAGAUUCUUUAAAUUAGUGGAAGAAGGGAGACAAGAAUUAUAUCCAGGAUGUGAGAAUUUCUCCAAACUAGGCUUUACGAUUCGAUUGUACUUGUUUAAGUGCAUUCAUGGGUUGAGUAAUGUGGCAUUCUCUGACUUGUUGGAGUUGUUAAAAGAGGCCUUUCCAUUUGCUCAGCUACCCAAGUCUUUCUACCAGGCAACAAGCAUGCUAAAAGAUUUGGGUCUUGAUUAUGAAAAAAUACAUGCAUGUCCUAAUGAUUGCAUGUUAUUUUGGAAUGACAAUGUAAAUGCUGAUACUUGUUCUGUGUGUGGGUCUUCUAGAUGGAAGAAUGUUGUUAAUGUCUUGACUAAUAAAAAGUCCAAAACCCCUACAAAGGUUUUGAGGUACUUUCCCUUAAGCCUAGGCUUCAGAGGAUAUUCAUGUGUCCGGAAACAGCUGCAGCUAUGAGAUGGCAUGCCACUGAACGACCCAAUGAUGGAAAUAUAAGACAUCCUGCUGAUGGUGAUGCUUGGAAGGAUUUCGACUCCUUGCACCCUGAAUUCUCUAGCGACCCUCGUAAUGUUAGAUUGGGUCUUUCAAGUGAUGGUUUCAACCCAUUUCGAACAAUGAGCAUUUCUCAUAGCAUGUGGCCUGUUAUGUUAAUGAAUUAUAAUCUGUCGCCUUGGAUUUGCAUGAAGCCAGAGUAUAUAAUGUUGUCAAUGAUCAUCCCAGGUCCAUCAUCUCCGGGAAAUGAUAUUGAUGUGUACCUACAAUCACUAAUUGCUGAAUUGAAGGAACUAUGGGAAUUUGGGGUCGAAACAUUUGAUACUGAAUCUAACCAGACGUUUCAACUGCGUGCAGCCUUAAUGUGGACUAUUAGUGAUUUUCCUGCACUAGUAAUGCUUUCUGGAUGGAGCACAAAGGGGAAAUUUGCAUGCCCUACUUGUAAUUAUGGCACAUGCUCUCAAUAUCUCAAGCAUAGUCGUAAGAUGUGCUACAUGGGUCAUCGGGCAUUUUUGCCUCCUGAACAUCCAUUUCGAAAAGAUAAUAAAUCAUUUGAUGGUGACGAGGAUCAUAGACUUGCACCUACUCCCUUGUCGGGCAUAAAAGUGCUCGAAGAGCUGCGUGAAUUCAAGAAUAUCUUUGGAAAGGGUAAAAAGAAAAGGUCUCGGGAUAAUAAGGGUCCAUGGAAGAAAAGAUCCAUCUUCUUUGAAUUACCAUAUUGGGAAACUAACAAAUUGAGGCACAAUCUUGAUCCAAUGCACGUUGAAAAGAAUAUAUGUGAUAGUAUUCUUGGGACAUUAUUGGAGAUAGAUGGAAAGUCAAAAGAUCAUGUAAAUUCUCGCUAUGAUUUGCAAGAAAUGGGAAUACGAAAAGUGCUUCAACCAAUAAAAGAUGUUGUAAGUUGAACAAUUGCUUUGGCUAAAGCUUGUUUCUACAUGAAUCCAGAAGAGAAGAGACGAUUUUGCACCGUCUUUAAAGAUGCCAAAUUACCAAAAGGGUGUGCCUCUAAUAUAUCACGUUGUGUGCAUGAGAAAGAGAUGAAAAUAUCCGGGUACAAGAGUCAUGAUGCUCAUUUUAUAAUGCAUUACUUGCUCCAAAUUGCUGUUAGAAAGUCGUUACCCAAGAAUGUUUCUUUGGCAUUGAUUAGGUUGGGUAACUUCUUUAAAGCCAUAUGUGCUAAGGUUAUAAGGCGAGAGGAUCUUGAUAGAUUGCAGACAGAAAUUAAUGAUAUUAUAUGUGAGCUUGAAACGAUUUUCACUCCAACCUAUUUUGAUAUAAUGCCUCAUUUGCCUAUUCAUUUAGUAAGUGAAAUUAAGCUUGGGGGUCCAACUCAUUGUCGCUGGAUGUACUCAACUGAAUGAAACUUGUGCAAGUAUAAGGCGUUUGUUCGUAAUCGAACUCAUCCAGAGGCGUCAAUUGCAGAGGGUUUUCUAGCGGAAGAGUGCUUGACCUUUUGUUCGCGAUACCUACAUGAUGGGGUGAAGACAAGAUUCAGUAGGUACCAAACUGAGGAUGAUGGGGACAUUGAGGGAGCAGAUUUGUCACCUAUAUUUCGUAAAAUAGGCCAUCUAAUUGGAAGUAAGAAUAAGAGAAAAGGAAAGAUUUUUACCAUGGAUUUGCAGUUAUGUUUUGAGGCACAUAGAUAUGCUCUAUUCAAUACUGGAGAUGAACAAGUGGAGGUGUUUAUCAUGUAAGAUAAAAUAUAUUACCAUCACUUAUAUUAUAAGCUUAAUUUAUUUUAUGUUUUAUGAUUUUUAAAUUAAAUUCAUAUUGGUCUAAUGAUUAAAUUUGAAACAUAUGGCUUGCAGGAAACAUAAGAAUUUAAUUGAUAAUUGUACUAGAUCAAAUGCAUGGGUAAGAGCAAGAAAUCAUAGUCAGAACUUCGCCGAUUGGUUUAAAGAAAAAGUUAAAAGCAUUGAUGUGCCUAAUCAUUUGAGAUGGCUAGCUAAAGGGCCUAAUACAUUGGCCAAACGAUAUACUGGAUAUUUUAUUAAUGGUUACUUAUUUCAUACAAUGACCCGGGAUGCCUCGUUGAAGACUCAGAAUAGUGGUGUGACUUUGUCAGCCACAACGGAUAGUUUUGCUAGUGCUAGGGACCAAAAUCCUAUUGAUGGAGAGGUUCUCUACUAUGGAGCUAUUCAGGAUAUCAUUGAGAUUGAUUAUUGGGGCCGCUUUAGUGUUGUACUAUUUAGAUGUGAUAGGUUUCGUAAUGAAGUCGAUGAAUAUGGGUUAACUCGGGUAUACUUUAACAGAGUAUGUAGUACUGAUGACUCUUUUGUAUUGGCAUCUCAAGUAAAUCAAGUUUUUUAUGUGGAGGAUCCAAUUGAGAAAGAUGUUUACUAUGCCAGGAAUAACGUUCCUGUUGAUUUGUAUGAUUUGGAGGAAGAGAAUAUUCCUAAUGUUGGGGAGACAUUUUGGAGGGAACCUAAUGAUGACGCCGGUCCAUCAACUAGAUUAGCCGAUAUUGAUGUUAGAUGGUCGAGAGAAGAUGUGCCUCUUGCUGUCAUUGAUAUUCCAGUGGAUGUACAACAUUCAGAAGAUACAAUCAUGGAAGAAUCAGAAGAGGAGGAUGACUUCGAUGAUACGGAUUGGAAUUGGAUGGAGGCUGAUGAUUGAAGAAGGAACUUCUGAUUUUUAUUUGUAUUUGUAGGAGUAAGGUCUGCGUACCAAGUCUUAAUUGUUGUUGUUGUUGUUGGUAGAGAAGGAAAAAAAUGCAAUUUUUAGUAUUAUUUCAGUAGUGCCCAGUCUUAAUUUGGUCUUAAUUUGGUCUGCUUAAUGUGCAUAUCUGAAUUUCCUUGAGUUUUAGUUGGCUUUUGGCUAUACAUGAAGGAUGAUGAUAUAACACAUGCAUGUAUUUGUGGUUGUUUCGUUUUAAUAAGCUUCAAGAUCAUUCCAUUAUUUUAGUUUGUAUCAGUUCCUUGUAUAUUAAGCUUGUGUUUGCCGGUUAAUAUAGCAGUCAUAUAUACCAUCUUUACUUGUUUAAAUGUCUUUGUAUGCAAUGUUUAGUCUUUUUACUGUGCUAAAGCUACUAAAUGGUGUAAGUAGUCUGGGAGCAUGAACAAUUUUCAAGAUUGAGAGUCACUGCAGCAAUACUAUCUGAACUUUUUGCUGCACCUGAAUUACUGGAAAGCAUAGGAGGCUGAUAACAGGUUGCGGCUUAGCUUCUAAUACCUCUUUGUUCUAUUGUAGUAACUUCAUAUAUGUACACAUACUAGUUAGUGCUUUUGGUUGAUUGUUUUUCAACAUUCUGUUAUGCUUUUUUCUAUCUUUUUUUGGAAUUUUAAUUUUUUAAUGUUGCAAAGUUCUGAAGCUCGAUUUGCACUCCUUUGGCCAUUUGUCUUUGAAUUGCUUUUUGAUGUAAAAAACAGAGCUCUGCUGUGUUAAGAAAUCAGUUGUUGACUGUUGUUAAGACAGAGAUUAGUGUUGUUUACAGCAGUGUUUUGCAAAUCUGGACAGUGUUUUUUUUUUUUUUUUUUUUUGCAAAUCUGGACAGUGUUUUUUACAGCAGUGUUUUCUUUUGCAAAUCUGGACAGUUUUGGACAGUGUUGUUUACGGCAGUGUUUUUUUUUUUGCAAAUCUGAAUAGUUUUGGACAGUGCUGGACAGUUUUUUGGCUUAGUCUGCACAACAGUGUUUCGUUUUGUUAAUUCCAAGGUUGUUGGUUCAUGAGCAUGUGAUUUAAUCUGUGGUUUCCACAAUUUGUUCCUAUCUGAACAGUAACAAGUCCUCCUUAUACGAGCUAUCGGAUGCUUACUGGGGUGAUUUAGAGGUCAAAACUGUGGCUGUUGAAAUGGAAAAUAGCCUGAUGGCCUCUUCUUUGCAAGUUCUGCCUUCUGCACUCUUUAGCAACACUGGAAUGUAGAGUAGGAGGACCACAUACUGUCACACCAAUAUCUACACUUCCCCAACUCUUUGCAUGUGAUCCAAAUAUCUCUGCAGAAAAAGAAGUUAAAAUACAUUGUCAUGAAAAUAUAGUAGUACACAUUGCAAUGUUUCUCCAAAUGUACCAUGGAAAUCUGGUCAUUCACCAUAUCGGAUUAUAUUAACAGAUCGAGCCUCUUCCAGAUUCUUGUGUAAAGAGGCCUCAAAAUUCUGCUGCAGGAUGUCGACCUUCUUUAUGCUGUCCUCUGGUUCCUCCUUCAGUGAGGUUUUCCUUUCCCAAAGAUGCCAUAAAGCGAUCACGAGACUCCCAAAUAUAACAACACUUGCAACCAUGCAUCCAAUCAACAAAAGCCCCUUGUACCACCGGUAAUAUAUGUUGUGUGGAAUUAUGUGGAAAAAGAAGUUGACAGCCCCUUAUUUAUCUUUGACAGGUGAAUAAGAAAAGAGGAAACUCAUAAGAAAAGGUCUACUGUGAAGGUAAAGGUUCUGAUAAAUAUGAAUCAAGAAAGACCUUCAAAAGCCAAAAGAAAGACAAACGCGGCAUACAUAAAAGCUGGAACAAUGACAUCUUUGGCAAACCAAAUGAGGAGUUCGUUUAGCCAAAAAUAUGUUGUUCCUGCACGUCCAUCUAAUAAAGAGCGUCCGAAUAUCAUUGAAGAGAAUCAGCUAAUACCCCAAUAUCCAGAAGUAGCAGCCAAUGUACACAUUAGAUCAACCACUCCUGCAACACAAGUAGUAGAGGAACAAGUAGAGGAACGAGUUCAGUUGGAUUCGACAAUUCCUAUCACAAAUGAACAAUGUGAGGAACAAGGCCCUUCCAUUCAAAGGAGAAACAGAGGUCGAACAAAGAUGAAAAGUGUACAUGGACAGCAAUAGCGUAAAUUGAUUUUACUUAACUACUUAAAUCAACCUGUUGGUCCUACUGAAGCUGUUGUGCUAGAGUUUGGAAGCUUCCUCGGCAUAUUGGCAAGGAAUGCGACUCUAUGUCCUCUUGAUAUUUUGGAUUGGAGGAAGAUGGACACAAAAUAGGAUAUAUGGGAAUAUACCAAGGAUAAAUAUGAUAUUCCUGAAGCUGGAAAAAAAUAUACUUUGGAAACAGUCCAAGCUGCCUGGAGAAAGCACAAGAGUAGAUUGAAAAAAGUUCACUUUGACGCCUAUCAAAAUGAUGAAACUCGAAUGAAAAAUGUCCCUGAAGAUGUUCCAGCUUCUCAGUUUAAGGAACUCCUUAGGUAUUGGAACUCUGAAAAACUCGAGAAAAUGUCCAAAACUAAUAUUGAGAACCAGAAAAAGUUGAAGGAUCCUCACACUGCUGGAAAAAGAAGUUUUGCUUUAGUUCGCUCUAAGAAAAUGAUAAGGAAACUUCGGAUCCUUGAACACCAAAGGAAGUCUUUGUAGCUACAAGAAAAAGGAAAGUUGGACGAUCAUACAUGUGCUCGGAUGAAGACACAGCUAGUAAAAUUGCUGAAAUGGAGGAUAUAGAAGCACAACAAACUGAAAAUGGCAACGAGUUCGUAGAGGCAUUUGUAGUUGUCAUGGAACCUGAACAUCCAGGGCGUUUGAGGUUGUAUGGACAGGGGUUACAAGAACUUCUUUGAGAGGGAAAGUAGGAUGUUCUGAACACUCUUCAAAUUCCAAAAAUUGUUUGCAAAAAAUGGAGGAGAAAAUAUAGAGAAUGGAAGAAAAAAUUGAGGAACAAAAGGCAACUAUUCGUCAAGAAGUUGUUGCGGAUGUUCUUGCACGACUUCAACGUUCAGGAAUUAAUAUUGAUGCUAACAUUAUUCUAGCGGCAUUGGGUGAUAAUUCACCAAGAGAAGUUUCAUCUUCACAACAAACAACUUUGCAACCAAUUCAUUGUCCAUCUACUGGUAGCAUCAAAGAAGGCCAGCUCAUUACAGGUACGAUUGCAGAUGAAAGCAGUGAUGAAGACCUUACGUGAGUGUUGUUGAUCGUUGUUAGACUUUCUCAUUAUGUUCUAGGAUAUUUUAGUUUAGAACUUUUUGUACGCAAACUCAUCUAUUUCAACUUAGAUAUUGUUGAUCAAACAAUGUAUUCAUAUUUUGUUUUUGUAUAUGGAUAAUGCUAGUUUGAUAUUUCAA